CACACCCAAAAACCAACGCGAUUUUAUUAAGUUUCACAACUCUCGUUUCUCAGUCAUCGCCGCCAUGAAUCCGGCACCUCCUCCGCCGUUACCCGCCGCCUCCUACUAUCCAAAUCCAGCGCCUCCGCCACCGCCACCGCCACCGCCGUCUGUUACCACUGCUCUCUCCGACCUCAAAUCUCUUCUCCACCUCUCUGCCACCGCCCUCCGUUCCCUCCCAACACCAAUCCACGCCGAAACCUCCACCGCCGCUGCUGCUACCUUCGUCCCCUGCCCUUUCAACCCUAACCACCGCCUCCCUCCUUCGAUUCUCUUCUCUCACUACCUCAAUUGCCCUUCCCCUCUCUCUCUACCCCACACGUUCCACUACCCACUCACGCGCAGCUCCUCCUCAUCCACCACCGCUGCCCCGCCGACCCUCCCGGCCGAUUCGUCCGAGCUCACCGUCUCUCUUGAUAAUUACAUUGCCUAUAAUGCCCCGGCCAAUAGUUUCUUCUACCAGAAUUGCCCCGGCCCAGUCACACCUUCUGCUCCACCGCCUUCAUCAUUCAAUUUACCUAGGGUUUUAUACACCGAGUGCGCCGAUUUCAAUGAAGAACCUCGGCCGGAGGCUGCCGCGCUGGAUUUUAUUCGGUUUCUUCCGUCGGAGAUUUUUGCAAUUCGUGGUGAAAUUGAAUCGUGGGGCGGUGGUUUCCCCGCUGCUUACUCUUCGAGAAUUUUGCGUGCGAUUCUGAGGUUGAGAGACUGUAAAUUAUUGCAUUUGUAUGAUUGGAUCAUUGCGAAUUCGCCCAGAUAUGGUGUGAUUAUUGAUUGUGCCAUGAGGGAUCAUGUGGUUUUGUUGGUUAAGCUGUCUUUGAAGGUGAUCGUUGGGGAGGCUCUUGAGCUGGCAGGCUUUACGUAUAGCGAUGGAGAGACGAAGGAAAUGAAGAAGGCUUUGUGGGGUUUGGGCAAUCAGAGUUUUGAAUGCCCGGUUUUAGUUAGAGUGGUGGUGUGGCUAGCAUUGCAGCUCAAUGUAUUGUAUGGUGAAGUUAAUGGAAUGUAUUUUGCUGUUGCUCUGUUGAAGGAAUGUGUGUUGAACUCUGCAUCGCGAGCUUCGUUGUUUUCUUUGGAGGGAGAGGAAGAUGGGUUGAGUGAGGCGGGAAGUAAUGGCGAGCAGGUGCAAAGUGUUGUAUCAAUUGAUAAGCUGCUGGAUGAGAGAGAGAGCAUAGAAUGUGAAACAGUUGGCAACACUCGGAUUUUCAUCUCUGAAGUGGCUGCGGCUGUGGCAGCAUUACAUGAACGCGCUUUUAUUGAAGAUAAGAUUAAAGCAUUGCGUAAUGCUAGGCCAACCUCUACGUACCAACGUAAUAUGGAACAUGCUCAUGUGUCCAAGAUAGCUGAUGAGGAACGAAAAAAACGUCCAGAUUAUAGACCCAUAAUUGAAUAUGAUGGUUUUCUGCGGCAUAGGUCAAGCAAUCAGGAUGCCAACAAAGUAAAGACAAAGGAGGAGUUAUUAGCUGAGGAAAGAGACUACAAACGGCGGCGAAUGUCAUACCGUGGCAAGAAACUGAAACGUAAUACUGUGGAGGUAAUGAGGGGUAUUAUAGACGAAUAUAUGGAGGAAUUGAGGCAAGCUGAAGGGAUUGAUGGUACAUCAAAGGCUUUGGAGGAGAAUGAAACUUUGGCUUCUAAAAAUAUGGAUAGCCAUGCAAGCGCAGAUGAUGAUUUUGGAUCCAGAAGAAAUUCUGAAGUUCCUGAAGAUAAUUUUGGCCGAUCAGUUGGUCACAGGAAAGAUAUACACUCUCGUCAUUAUGCAGGAGAUUUUGAGGAUGACAACCAGCAGCGAAGACAGGAUUCAAGUUGGGAUGAUUGGCAUCAAUAUCCCAAUAGAAGCAAUGAGGGUAUCCGGUAUGACAGAGAUGGUACUUCUGCAACAAGAGAUGGAAGACGAUCUAAUAGUCGCGCAAGAGUGCCGAUGCAUGGUAGAGAAAAGUCAGACUUUGUUGAGGCCUUUGCGGAAGAUGAUUCACGAAGAUCACACCAAAGACGGAGUGAGUCACAGGACAGAAAGUAUCAUAAAAGCACUAGAGAUGAGUAUGAGCACAAAACUCAUAAAAGAAGAAGAGAUGAACAUGACAGAAGUAAUCGCAAGAGGGAGAGAGGUGAAGACUAUUGGGAGCAUGAGGACCGAGAGAGAAGCAAAAGAGACAGGGAUUCUGGAGAGAGAGAUGAAGACAAGAGAGGACAUGUUGAUAGGAGGAAAAGCAAAACAACUCGGAGUAGUAGCUCUCGACGUGAAUUGCAUGAGUUUAAUGACAGAUAUGAUCCUCUGGUCUCUCAUGAUCUGUAUCAGGAUGAUUACUGACGUUUGCAAUGAACUUGCUUAUGGAUAUGUGCUUUGCUCGUACAAAUUAUCUUACCAAAACAUGGAACAACUAUAAUUGAAGUUGCGGGGUAAGUUUGUUUUGCAUCAGAUUUCCUAAAUCCUUCUAUGUGGGUUAAUAGUAAGCGUGGUUCUUUGCUUUUGUUCGUUCACCAAAUUUGGCAGCAAGCAGCAUGCUGGUGUUAGCAAUUUAUCCACCACCCGUAUCCUCUCUGUAUCCUUCUUGAGAAUUCCUAAUUCUGUUGCUUUUUACAGCUGAGUUUUUCCUCUCUGUUCUAAUGAGCUUCUCUGUUCAUAGGAUAUGGGAAAUCAUGGUUUAUUAGAUUGUUUAUUAUAUGCUCUUGCCUUUUUUAUUCACUCGUUUCUUCAUGUAUUUUAACUGACUCGUUUGAGCAUCGAGUUUGGGCAUGGAAAAACUAUGAGUUUGACAUUUUCAGGUAAUUAGCCAUUUUAGUAUGCUGUGUUAUUAUUUGUUACCUGUGAAUUAAAACAGUAUGUGUAGUUUAAGUUCCACCAAACUUUGAAUUCUUCCGUUGGUUUAAUAUCUUUGAUGUGAUGGUUCACUAUUCUCAAUUUUGUGCUCCAAAUCUUACUGUUCGAUGUAUAGAGAGCAUGCAAUUUAGGAUUCAUAGUAUAGUGCCAAGACUAGAAACUGCUGAAUUUACUUGUUCGCGUAUCUAUCUACUAUUCUUUUUACAGCCUUGUAAUUCUGAUCCACUACCAGAUGUUAUUCUGUUGGGAUUGUAAUAUUUAGAUCUUGUCAAUGGGGUCUUUUGGUUUUCUUAUGCAGCUGCUUCACCACGGAUAGCGGUAUGCACACGCUCGAAAUAUGGAUUCGUUGCCAGCAAACAAAUUUUGGCAAGAUGAAUUAAGUCUUGCUAGAGAUGAACCAGCACACUGCCUUGUCAAAUUGCUGUAUGGAUUGGUUUGAGGUGGUUUGAGUUAAAUUGGGUCUUGACUUUGUGCAGAUAAUUAAAGAUUUAGUAUUUUGGAUCAUUUACAGUAUGUUUCCCCAGUCUUUGUAUGACUAGUUCUAGCAUCUCUGAAUUUGGUGUUUUCCUUAUUUUAUUAUAUGAAAUCAAUCAUUGCCUUUGGAUUGCA